AUGAAAGGGACAAACCUGAGCCUAGAGAUCAAGUUUGAGCUUUUGGGCCUCACUAGUGACCCCCAGCUCCAGACGCUGCUCUUCGUGGUGUUCCUGGGCAUGUACAUCAUCACUCUGCUGGGGAACUUGGUCAUGUUCCUCCUGAUCCAGGUGAGUGCCACCCUGCACACACCCAUGUACUCCUUCCUGCAGAGCCUCUCCUUCUUGGAUUUCUGCUACUCCUCCACAGUUGUCCCUCAAACCCUGGUGAAUUUCUUGGAAAAGAAAGUUGUCUCCUAUCCUGGUUGCAUUUCUCAGAUGUUCUUCUAUGCGGGUUUCGCCACCAGUGAGUGCUAUCUCAUUGCUGCCAUGGCCUAUGACCAUGUCGCCAUUUGUAACCCUCUGCUCUACCCACCCAUCAUAUCUCCUGAGGUCUGUGCCUCUGUGAUUGGGGGUUCCUACAGUGCAGGAUUUCUCAGUUCCCUUAUCCACACAAGCUGUAUCUUCAGUCUGAAAUUUUGUGGUGCUCACGUGGUCACGCACUUUUUCUGUGAUGGCCCACCCAUCCUGUCUCUGUCCUGUGUGGCCACUUCACUGUGUGAGAUCCUGCUCUUCAUUUUUGCGGGUUUCAACCUUUUGAGCUGCACCCUGACCAUCUUGAUCUCUUAUUUCUUAAUCCUCAUCACCAUCCUGCAAAUGAACUCAGCCCAGGGUAGGUUCAAGGCAUUUUCCACCCGUGCUUCCCACUUCACUGCUGUCUGCCUCUUCUUCAGCACUACACUUUUUAUGUACCUGCGCCCCAGGUCCAGCUACUCCUUGACCCAGGACUGCACAGUUGCUGUGAUCUACACGGUGGUGAUCCGAAUGCUGAAUCCCUUAAUUUACUCUUUGAGAAACAAAGAUGUGAAGGAAGCUUUAAGAAAGGUUUGGGGCAGGAAAACAAUGUAA